CAGCUGCAAAUCAUCAAGCAGGACGGGAAACAUGACAAGAAGCGCAGAAUGAGACCCGCUGUUAUAAUCAGCUGUUUUUUAGUUAACGCCAUCCUUCAGACAGGUCAGUUGGCUCUAAUAGAAACAAAGGAGACUGUGUGGGCAGCAGUGGGUGAUCAAGCCUCUCUAAGCUGUCAGCUCAUUGAGGAUAAAGAUGUCCUCCAGAUCACCUGGCAGAAAGUUCUCCCAUAUGCAGAGAAGAAUCUCGCCACCUACACCAAGAAAUAUGGUUACAGCGUGAGAGUUGAUCUGGCAGAGAAGAUGGAUUUUCAGUGUGAAGAUCUUCAGAGCUGCUCCAUGGUGAUCAGGAAGGUGAUGGAGGAGGAUGAAGGCUGCUACAGGUGUCUGUUUAUCACCUAUCGUACAGGAAUCCUGAUUGCCAGGACCUGCCUCAGACUCUAUGAGCUGUAUGAUCCCGUCCUUGAUGUCAGCAGAUCAAAGUCUCCUGCAGAGUCAGUUGUGUCCUGUUCAGCCACAGGUCGACCUGCUCCCACUGUAACACUGACUGUUCUACAGCAGAACCUCAGCUUCUCCCACUACAACAGCAGCAGUGUGACUCACAGCAACGGUACAGUCACCGUCACCACCACAGCUCUGCUGUCAGCUUCCAGCAGCACACAGGUUGGAUGUUCAGUGUCAGUGCUCUCUGCUGCUCCCAGAGAGAAGCUGAUCACCGUUCCUGGAGUUAAAGGAACAUCUGAUGAUGGUUUUGAUGUAGAAUCUGCUUCAAAUAACAGUGCUGUUGCAUGGUGUAUAAUCAGUGGAUUCAUGGUUUGCAUCGUUGCUUUUCUCAUCAUUUUAUGGUUCACAAAAAGGGCAGAAAAAAGGUAUUUCUUUCACACAGUGUCUGAAUUGUCACCUGGAUGUUCAACUCAGCAGAUUAUUGUUUGUCAGUUUGCUCUAAUAGAAACAGUGGAGACUGUGUGGGCAGCAGUGGGUGAUCAAGCCUCUCUAAGCUGUCAGCUCACUGAGGAUAAAGACGUUCUAAAGAUCACCUGGCAGAAAGUCCGCCAUAAUGAACAGAAGAGUCUUGCCUCCUAUACAAAAGACUAUGGUUACAGAGUGAGACUUGACCUGAAGGACAAGAUGGAUUUUCUCUGUGAAGAUCUUCAGAGCUGCUCCAUGGUGAUCAGGAAGGUCAUGGAGGAGGAUGAAGGCUGCUACCAAUGUCUGUUUAGCACCUAUCCUAGAGGAAUCCUGAUUGUCAGGACCUGCCUCAGACUCUAUGGUGAGGAAAGGAGGCAUGCUGCAAAGGAUAUUAUCAGCGUCCAUUGGCCUAUUACGCCCCCUAGUGUCGGAAAGAUAGUUCGGUUGGAUGAGCCGCGAUUGAAAACCCCGGUGAUCCAGACACUAGAUACCAUCUACAGCGCUUUGAAUUCUGCCAAU